AUGGCCGGCGAUCUGCUUCACGCCAGACGGCCGGAGCGGACUAUUGAUGUGAUUAAAUCUCUAGAAAAUCCGCCCGAUGAGGAGACAAAAGCUCACCUGGCAAUCAAAUCAAACAUGAUCUCUCAUUUCAAGAACCAGCCAGCUCUAAUGUAUUGCAAGGAAGCCAUGCUACUAUCCGCGGUUGCAGACAACCAAGAAUUCAACGACCUCAUUGCCGGUUUUGCAAGCGCUAUCACUACCGGCACAGCAGACGAAAAACCACUUGAUCGCGAUUUACUCCAUUAUUUCGCGGGCUUUCUCCGUUGGGGUCAACAUGCCAUUCCUCCGAGUGAGCAAAUAUUUGGAGCUUUUUUGAAUGCUCUCAGCAAAUACUUGACCAGCAGCAACAACGAAAGCCGACUGAGAGACAGCUACCUGCUCACCAGAGCUAUUGGCACAAUUCUUGACGCCAUGGUUGAUUGCAAAGUAGAGGGUCUCGACCGGGUCCAGCUCCAUGGGCCACUGGAAGAAAAGCUUCGUGGAUUGGAGGAUCACGACGAGCCCCGCUUGGCCCAGGCGGCUCAAUAUGCGCUCCAAGCAUUGCAUAGAGUUCCAGACAAUGAGGGCCCAUGGGAGGAAGCUUUGCGCUACGGCGGUAUCACCAUCAACAUCGUGAUUCAACUUAGUGGUGCCGUGGCAAAGCUUGACUUGGGGCAGCUCAUUGACGCAGGCCCAGACUUGCUGAAGUUGAUCAGUCGCUUUGGAGAGGCCUUGAAAGGCGGGAAAGAAAUAUGGGAUACGCGUCAGAAUUUUCAGGAUUUGCUCAACGGCAUGCGGGGUGUUUCGGAGAAAAGAGGCUGGUACGAUACACUGCGCAUGACGGAUCUCUUCAUCCGUCUCGAGGCCUAUGAUGGACUCAAAGAGUUCAUAAGUCCGUUCAAAGGGAAACCCUUGAGAUGUUUCGCAAAACGUGAAUUCUGGUGCGGCCUUUACUCUCAGCUUGAACAGCAGUGGUUCGCGCAUGUGCCUUCGAGAGAUCGGAUUGAGAGGUUCCUCGACUGGACUUUAGAGCUCCCAGUCAUGAAGAAGUUUUGCAAGGAGUGCGACUUCACUCGCGCUUGGGUGACUCUGGUCGCUGAAUCUGCCCAAAGGCCGAACUGGAAGGCUGCACUUCCCCCGAAAAGGAAAGGAAUGCUCUCUCGACUUCGCCGCUCCAAAGAAGCCCAGCCUCAGCUCAAAUCGAUUUUUGGGGCAACCCAAACGAGAGACAGUCGACAGGAAUCCCAUGGAGACUCGCCACUUCUCCAAAAUGCUAUGCAAACAUGCGGUGAUGCGCAGCUAUUUUAUGCGGAUGCUAUAAUCGCUCAGUAUUACACAGAGGGGAAGCUUCUUCACGUUAGGCGGAUAUCGGGUGAUGAUGUGCCGAUAGAGAACUGCUAUAUCAAUCUUUCUCUGAUCGAAGACCUGGCUGAGCGAGACACCAAGAUAAACCAGGUCGGAAUGUCACUCAAGGAACGAUUGAAGGCAGAGACACCUCAGCCUGAAAAGCAGAUUGAUUUGAAAGAUUUGUUUAUGCAGAGGAAGCUGCGAGACGGAUCUUCAGGGCAGCCCACCCGAAUCCUGAUUCGGGGUCGCGCAGGCGUUGGGAAGACGACGCUUUGCAAAAAGAUCAUUCAUGCGUUCCUUCAUCAUGGAUUGUGGCGAUCCAAAUACGAUCGGAUCAUUUGGAUUCCACUCCGCAACUUGAAGAACUACCAAACAUUCGAGCUCUUCAUCGAACAAGAGGUUUUCGGCAAGAUCCCCUACAGCAAGCCUCUGUGGGAGCGAUUACAAAAUGAACUGUGUGAUUUUCAGGACUGUCGCUCUCUUUUCAUCCUUGAUGGCCUUGAUGAGAUAGCUGGACUUCCAGAAAAGAUCGACUUGUUCCAAUAUCUUUUAAAUCGACAAGAUGUGAUUAUCACCUCGCGACCGCAUGCUGUGUUCCCAUCUAGACUGAAGGGCUAUGACUUGGAAAUUGAGACCGUUGGAUUUCUCGAUGACCAGAUCGGGCAUUAUGUGGAUAGGGUCUGCAGUAAAGCCGACGGUCUCCAGAUCAAGGAUUUCAUCGGAGGGCAUUGGAUGAUGCAAGGAUUGAUGCGCAUUCCUAUCCAGCUAGACGCCCUCUGUUUUGCCUGGGAAGAGGGAAUACAGCGAGUGAGGCCUCUGACGACAAUGACGGCGCUGUAUCAAGCGAUCGAGAUCAAGCUCUGGAAAAAGGACAUUCCACGGCUAGAUCCCAGCGUCGGGCACAAAGUGGUGAAAUGUCACAAUCGGCCGCAAAUUGCCUUGCAAAUUCCCGGUGUGAUUGAGUUCAUUCAAUACAUUGCCUUUAUGGGACUCUACAGCAACAUCACGGAGUUCACUUUCAGCGUCAGAGAGGAGAUUUACCAGAAGUUCCCAAACAUGACCGAUCGGAUUUUGGACGAAGUUUCCUUCAUGCGAAGCUCGGAUGCAUCAUCCAGUCCACGAGAUCAAGACUACUACUUUCUUCACCUGACUUUCCAGGAAUAUUUCGCAGCUCAGUAUUUUCUGCAGAGCUGGAAAGAAGGUACAGAAGUUCUUACUUUUGACUUGAGUUCAGGCAACUUCAUCUCAAUCUCUACAGAAGAUUUCAUCGGCCGUGAAAAAUACAACGGGCGAUAUAACAUCAUGUGGCGAUUUGUUUGCGGAUCGAUGUCCAACAAGGAUCCGGACUUGAUGAGACUAUUUGCACAAAUUGAAAUGAAGCCACGCGAUCUGCUCGGGCCUGUCCACCUUCGAUUUCUUCUUCCCGAGGGAUUUUUCUCUCGUGCGCUUGAAGAGGGUGAUUCAAGCCAGCAGAUCAAGGCUUUGGGUGCAAUCGAGAGUCGUUCUCAUAUUAGCGACAAGCUAUCAAGACAAGUAUGGGGGAUCUUCAAGUCUGACGUAUUCAGCCCGACCAGAGCGAUGGCUGCGGGUGUCAUUGGUCGUUUCCCAAAUUUCACCUCAAACGAGUUGCUCUCUACUUUGUCUGACCCGGAUGACCUUGUCAAACGCCGAAUCGUUCCAUCGUUGGACGAGCGCAAUGUAUCGGAGACUAUACUGCACGCUGCCGUCGAUGUGCUGCCCCUUUUUGAGGGAAGGCAUGAGGGAUUCGAAAGUAGAUAUUUUGAACGAACAAAGCUUCCACAAUCAGUCGUCACCAAGUUGAUUGCUCAAUACCACCAGCAGACAACAUUGUUUGACAGGCAUCGCACCCUGCAUAUCUUGAGCGUUCAAGAAUUUUUGGAUGUUCCGGACAUAAAAGACAUUUUGGUCCAAGCUUUUGAUGAUCCACAAAAGUUCAUUAGGAGAACCGCAUUACUGGCCUUUGUCAAAAACCCCUCUGAUCUGUCACCCUCUGACUGUCAUAAACUUCUUUCGAGGCUACCAUUGGAACCUGAGUUGUUCAACCUAAACCACAUCGUCACAUUACUACAAAGCCAGACUAUCCAACCAAAGGGAGUUUUGGAGUGUUUGUGGCAAACUUUCGAAAUGCCAAAUUCUGGUUUUGAAUUCCAUACGAUAUGGUCAGCAUGUGACAUUCUAAGAGACUCAGGUCUUUGGCAUGCCGAUGAACUUACCACGAGGUUUGAGAAUUCUCUUCAUAAGGACGAAUUCGCAAUUGUCGUGACGAGCUACGCUUUUGACAGGAACUCAAUUCUCCCUGAUGUUUUUUUAUCUCAUUGCGUCAGCAUUCUGGAAAGAUACAUACCUGGUGAGCUAUCAUCAGGCGAACGGGAGCUCCUUAAAGAAGUUAUUAAUGCCUUGGAGGAUUGUCCUUCAUUGUCAUGCUAUGUCGUCCGUGUGGUAUGGCAUCUUUUCAAACAAGGAAAAGCUGUCAAGCCAGCAUCUGAACUUCUACGACACCAGAUCUCUCUCUCAGAUGAUGUUCUGAGUGAAAUGGAAUGCAAUCUAGAAGAACAGCAGGACAUGGAAAUUCGCUUUCUGGUUCUAUGUAUUUUGGUGCCUCGAGUGGAAUUCGACACGAUAGCCGAGUCAGCAAUUUUGGCACUUCUCCAUCAUUCGGAUCAAGGUGAUGAGGAUCAAACCAAUGGGGCCGAGGCUCUUCUCGAAGCAUUGAUUGCUCAACCCAUAUUACCUUCAUGGGCCUCGGAGCGUUUGGCGCCAUUGCUUCUUUCCACCAAGUUUGGUGUCGUUUACAGCGCCAGAGAACUUCUGCGGAAACACGCAAACUUUGAACAGAUUCUUCCUCGUUUAGAUGCGGUACUUUGGGAAAAACUUUUCCAGCAUUUUUUGACAGAAAGCUGUGAGCGUUCAACUAUCACAUGUUCGAUUCAGGGACAAUAUCUUCACGUGGUUCUACCUGAGCGCUCAUGGAGAGUUUGUGUUCAGCAACCUGAGCAACGUCAGAAGUUACAGUCAGCCCUGGGGCUGAAUGAUAUAGAACAGACUGAAGGUUUUGCCGAACUGUUUGAAGAAGAGGACUAA